AUGACUGGAAGUUUAUUCAUUGAAUGGGUUCAACAGCUCAACUGCAAGUUCGUUAAACAGAAAAGAAACGUCCUUUUAUUUGUCGAUAAUUGCCCUGCUCAUCCGAAAGAAAUAACCCUUACAAAUAUCAAACUUGUGUUUUUCCCGCCAAAUGCUACGAGCAAGCUUCAGCCCCUUGAUCAAGGUGUGAUCAAAGUUUUAAAACAGAAAUACCGUAAGAAAUUAGUUCAACGGUAUUUACUAGAAAUGGAAUCGGUGACCGAUGCAGAAAUCCCCAAAAUCAAUGUUUUAGAUGCUAUUCAUUAUGUUUCAAUUGCGUGGGAUGAGAUAAAACCAGAAGUUAUUAAAAACUGUUUCAACAAAGCCUAUUUUGAUAACGUCUCACAAGAAGACCCUCACGUUUUGGACUCAGACGAAUUUCGGGACUUUGAGGAGGUUUAUCCAGGCUACACAUCCAUUGACGACCAAUUAAUAACGAACGAGGCACUAGAACUUGAAGAAAUUAUCAAUCAGGCUACAGUAAACGAUGAACCAGAUGAGCCAAGUGAUGAUGAGGAAGAAUACAUUCCACCACUUCCGUCAAUCGCUAGUACUGUACAAUCAAUAUCUACAUUGAGACAGGCACUUACUGCAACUGAUGGCUCCGAAAACAUGCUUCUAUAUCUAGGUAGGGUGGAAAAUUUCUUAUUGAAUAAAUAUAAAAAUAAUGUAUUGAAACAACCAACCAUUACCACUUUUUUUAAUCCAAGAAAAUAA